ACUACACCUUUUCCAAUAGUACUUUCGAAAGUAUCAGUUGGAUUUUAGAAAGCAUCAAUUCGAUUUUAGAAAGCGUCAAUUCGAUUUUAAAAGGUAUCAUAUGGACUUUAGCAUAGUCAAAUGUUCUUUAGAAGAUGUCAAAAAUACUUUAGAAUUAUCAAAUGUAUUUUAGAAAGUAGCACUUAGAUUUCAGAAAGCGUCAAAUGUACUUUAGGUUAGUCAAAUGUACUUCAGAAAGCAACAAAUGUACUUUUGAAAACACCAAAUGUUUUUUAGAAAAAAUCAGAUGAACUUUAGAAAGUGUCAAAUGUACUUUCGAAAAUAUCAAAAGUACUUUCGACAAUAUCAAAUCUACUUUCGACAAUAUCAAAUCCACUUUAGAAAAUAUCUACUGUAUGUAAUAUAACAUAACCGAGUAACAUUUAAAAAAAAUGUAAAAUGUAGAAUAAAUAUUACGAGUAUUUUAAAUACUCACGUGUAGUCGUUAACAAUGCAAGUUCAGGAUAACUGCGCAUUUUGCCUCGUCUCUAUGAAGCGUCGAGCAUUGAAAAGGUUACAGCCAUGCAGACACCUAUUUCAUGCUGACUGUUUUGAAAAUGUACCAACCGCAACAAGUUGUCCAAUUUGUCGAAGCGAUGUAACGGUUGCCGAAUCAGUUGAGCGACGUGCCAACAUAAAAUACUCUGCUGAAGACAGGAAGCGAAUUGUGGAGGCAGCCAAUAAAGGCCUUGAUUGGGUGCAGCUGGCGGAGUCUUUAAAUGUAAAAUAUAAAACGGCUUACGUAUGGGUAUCUUCUGGCACUCCUCAAGCACUAAGGCGAGGCGGUACAAAAGAAAGAGCGCUGUCGGACAAUGAAGUUGCAGUGAUGGUCCAAUGGAUUGAGGAGGAUGCCACUAUGACACUCACAAAAAUUCGUGAAAAAAUUAAACAAACGUUUAGAAAAGAUGUGUGCAUUUCCAGCGUGGGAAACUAUUUACAAGGACAACUUUUUACGAUGAAGGGGAUUCAUAAGGAACCUCAAUCAAUGAAUUCGCAGCUAAAUAAGGAAAAGCGCCGCGAAUACGUAUGUACGUUGAAUCAAUAUAUUCAGGAAGGCAAGCAGAUUUUAUACAUCGACGAGACAAAUUUUAAUUUAUUUUGUCGGCGUUCACGAGGUCGUGCUAAGGUUGGAAAACGUGCGGUACAAGUUUUACCAGUGGCUAAAGGGCCAAACGUGCACCUUAUUGGGGCCAUUUCUGCGUCUGGUGUAGUCAAAAUGACUACCAGAAGAGGAUCCUUCAAGUCUGAGGACGCAAACGCUUGGCUCCGCUCCGUUUUAGAUAGGUGGUGCGAAAUGGGUAAUCAGCUUACCGAUGCCAUUAUUGUGUGCGACAACGCGCCAUGCCAUUCAAAGCUACACGAGGUAUGUGCAGCGACCACUUUAUUGCGGCUUGGACCAUAUUCUCCUAUGCUUAACCCCAUAGAGAUAAUAUGGGGAAAAUUAAGGCGAAUGUAAAGUCAAAUAUACGGACUCCAGACGUGAUUGGAGCGGGUGUUAUUGAGCAAAGGUUGCAGUAUUUAGAGGGCCUAAUAAAAGACGCUGCCGCCGCUGUUAAUGGUGGAGAUUGCGCUAGAUCGGUGCAGCACAGUACGUCGUUCCACGCUGCUGUAAUUUCGCUUGACAAUAUGCCAGUUGGACA